GAUUUGGUCUCAUCGGUGCGCGCGCGCAAAGAAGGAGAAAGCAUAAAUAGUAUGUUCGUGUCUGCAUCGAAGAUCGUCCACGAAGAUUAUCCAUGAUACUUCGUUGAUCCGCAUGCACAUGAGUUUGCCACUGGACGGACGGCGAGUGUAACGCGGCGACAUCAUCAACACCGGAACGAUAGUCGCUAGCUUCGCGCAAUGCAACCUCCCUACUGGGACAUUCUCAUCUUGCCAGCUUGUAAGAGAAAUGCAAAGAGAGGAGCAUAAACCGAUAACGAUGGAUGACGAUAAGCAGGUAGGUGAAACUUCUAGUAGCGAGGUUGCUAAUCGAUUUCGAAGCUGUAGGGAUCUGAGCGACAUCGUGUCGCUGUAUCCACCGCGCGCACUUUAUCUGAAACCACUUGCCAAAGUUAAUGUGUCAGUGAAUCUACCCCAACUGAAAACUCCAGGAAAGACAAUAUCAACAUGGGAGGUAAUGGAGAAGAUACGUGCGCUUAUUCUGCCAGACGAGUUUGUUUCCCUGAAAGUGGCCAAGAGCACUUUAGAGUUUAUCCGACUGGAGGGCGACCUGCGGGAUCGAUGCAGGUUGCAAAGGGUGCUGGCCAGGCUGGAUUUGCAACGCUUGAAUCUAGCUGGCUUCACAAGCGUUCUCAAGGUCCGUGCGGCAGAAACAAAGGACGACUUUCCAACCAGACACAACUGGGACUCCUACUUCAGGGACGCAAAGCACAUGAACGAGUUAAAAGCUGGCGAAAGGCCAGACACCAUCCACAUUUCCGGCUUGCCCGUUAAAUGGUUCACUGAGGACGAUUCGAAUACUCCGAGUGAGUCACUGAUCGUCAAGAUCUUUAAGAAAUGGGGCGCAUUGAGAAGAGUCGAUGUGCCCGCGGCAGACCCUUACAGGUCUAGAAUGCGCCUCGGUAACAAUAUUCAUAAAUUCAGUUACGAAGAAGGGAUAUAUUUCGAUGUGUACAUACAGUAUGUGGAAUAUAUGGCUUUCGUUAGAGCGAUGGAUGCCCUGCGCGGCAUGAAGUUGCUGAAAAAAGACGAGCAAAACUCGCUAACAGCAACGAUGAAGGUUGAUUUUGAUAAGACGAAACAUAUGAGUGACAAUUCUGUGUCGCAUCGAGAUUUCGAAAGAAAACGCUUAAUAGCGCAAGACAAUUUAGCGGCGGAGAAGCUGCGAAAAAAAGAGGAAGAGGAAAAGAAACGACGAGAAGAACAAAAAAAAAAGGAAGAGGCGGAUUCGGCGGCGAAAGUAAGUCGACAGCAAAAGCGGGAAGAAAAGCGAAAACGGAAAGCUCUCAAAAUGUUUCGCAAGCAAGAGGAAGACAAAGUGUCUAUGAAGAUUGCCAGAGAGGAGCAGAAAUUAAUAAAAGCUCAACGACAAUUGGAGAGCAUGCGAUUGUUGGAUGAAUUGUUUGAUAGAAUAAAAACCAAAGUGGAGAAAAACGAAAUUAAAUUAGGCCAAAAUAUGAAUGUAGAAGCGAGAAAGGAUGACAAGAAGAACGAUCAGACGGGCGAAAAUGCUAAUAAAUUAGAUUCGGAAAGUGAGAAGAAAGGCAAGAAGGAAGAUGUUAAGAAGAAGAAAUUGAAGAAAGAAAAAAAGAAAAAGAAAAAACGAAAGAAAAAACGAAGAAAGGACGACGAUUCCGGAUCAGACAGUUCGUUAGAAACUUUGGAUAAGGAGACAAGUAAUAAAAAGAUGAAGAACGUUUUGACGAAAAAUAAUUGCACACCAUCAUCGGCAGACGCAACUCUCCCUUAUGCCGACGCUUACGACCCGAUACAGAUGCUGAGGAUAUCGACGAUGUCGAGGUAUCCGUCAAUGUCGCCAGGAAUGCAAAUGAUGAGAAUACCAAUGUCUCGGUAUCCGGGAGCACAGAUGCUAAGAGAGCCAAUGGCGAGGUAUCAUUAUCCCGUGUCAUCUAUGCGUAGGGGUCGAGGAUAUUUCCCACGUUGCGAUGUGAGCUCUUAUGCGUUGACCAAUCCUUACUUAUACAACGAGGAUUAUUACGAGUACUUUACGCAUAUAGUUAAUCAAGACUCGAAGCGGCAGUCAUCUAAGUCGCGCAACCGUCGAAAGUCCACGAGCAGAUCAAUCUCGAAAACGAGAAACUCGAAAACUAGGUCGAAUAGUAAGACAAGAGCCAGAAGCGCCUCUAGAUCUCGCAGCAGGAGACGCAGCGGUUCGCGUUUCAGAAGCAGCGGUAAGAGAUCGAAGUCAACGUCCAGAUCGCGCUCCAGAUCGCGAUCGCGCCGCUCCAGAUCCAGACGAAAAUCGCGUUCCAGGAGCCGCUCUAAAUCACGGAGCCGGCGAAAAUCGGCCAGUAGAUCUGCUUCGAGAAAAAGGACAAGAACGAGGACGAGAUCGAGGUCGGGUUCGAAACACAGGAGCGCCACCAGGUCACGUAGCAAAAGACGCAGCAGCUCGCGCAGCAAACGACGCAGCAGCAGAUCAGUAUCACGGUCCAGAACACGUCGUUCGAGGUCCAGGCGGAAGUCGCGAUCCAAAAGUCGCUCCAGAUCCCGCGGCAGCGCUAGGAAUCGUUACAGGAAGAGACACGGUGGGAGAUCCUCCUCAGUUGUCAGGAUCACACGAGCAAAAUCGCGAACUGCAUCGCCCAAGCGGAGGUCGCGUAGCAGUUCGUGGUCUGUGCCGAGAUCUCCAGAUCGAAGAAGUGUUUCGUGGUCGAAAGCUGUUCCCGAAACCAACGUUAGCGAAAACGUGAACAAAAUAUCGGACGUAGUCAUCCAACAAGAGUCGCUGAAGGUGACGAAAGCGCAACAGGAAGUAGCCGCGAAUCAACAGGACUUGAAAGCAUGAUUUAGUUUUUUCUUUUUUCAUUUUAUAAAAAUGUAAUAAAAGAACGAGAUUUAUAAAUGAUUAUUUUGUUAUGUAA